GUCGCAGGCGAGGCGGCGGCGGCCUCAUCGAUGCUCCUCCUCCUGCUCCGGUCCCUCCCCGGCCUCGGCCUGCCUCUCCUCGGGGCAGGUGUCAGCAGUGAUGCAACCAUCUCCUGUAAAACACCCACAAAGCUCUCGCUGAUAACAGCUGGCGCACGUUGCACUUUGACCCCUGCAGCUCUGUGAGUGCGGGAGGAUCGCGCGUCGCAGUCGCACAUCUGGACUAAUUUUGGGGGGAAGGUGGGGGGGGGAAAGGUCCUGCUGUGGAGCGCCAUGUCAACUUUUGUACAGGAGGAGCCGGAGAGAAGCUACGGAGGAGUCGGCCGCUGCAAGUGCUCCUUCUGGCUGGCGGUCGUCCACGACGUCGUCGGCGUCGUCAUCAUGAUGGUGGGCGUGUUUGGAGGGCUGGUCAUCCACGACUUGUUCAUCUACGGGGGGGGCAUCGUCAUCUUCCUCAGCCUGAUCUGGUGGGUGUUCUGGUACUCGGGGAACAUCGACGUGCCCCCGGAGCAGCUGGAGGACGACGUGGGCCUGAUCAAGCUGAGGGAGCGCGGCCUCGGUCGGGCGGCGAGGCGCGUCUCCGACCGCUUCACCAGCAGGAUCAGGAACUCCUUCAGGAAGAACAGGCCCGCCAUCUCGGGCGCGGAGGUGUCGCUCUCCACGAUCUACGACUCCGCCAUGGCCUCCUCUUCUAAAGGACUCGCGAGGGACGCGUUGGCCGUGUGAAGUGACCUGUUCGGACCCCGAAGGACUCGGAUCCGUCGAGCGGUGAACUUGGACGUUUGUUUAUUCUCGCUCGGAUGCACCUGUAAUGAUUACACAGCGCCGGGGUCGUGUUCAGAUAGCGGCCACGUGCUCUUAUCUGGCCGAUAAGAUGUCAACUUUGCACACUGUUAUAUAAAUAGUUUCAUUUAGAAACCACAUGGCUGUCAUGUUUUGUUGAUUCAAAGAUAUUGCACAGUAGGGAUGUGAUGAGUGUUAAUAGAUAAAUAAAGUCUGUAAUAAGGGACUCUUUUGCAGCCGAUUUAAGUCAUGCAUUCCUUACUUAUUCAUUUUAAUAUCUUUUAUAAUUGAAGCUAUAAUCUAACUCGAAUACAGUAGAUGUUUCGAUGCCAUCUGUCGAGGGUUUUCAGUCUAACCAGCUGAUUGCUUAUUGUCAAUGCUGUUGAGUGUUGGAACAUGCGAGUGACUUGCAUUUAUUACUGAGAAAUAAUUGUUGCUGUAGCUUACUUCCUCAGAUCUAUGACCUCCCACCAAAUACAUCUCUAAAUGUUCUAAUUAUUUACUUUGUACCAACCUUUUUAAAUUGAACUGUUUCACAGAAAUCUUUCACCUUGCUGGAAUAUGCAGCAGGAAUUCACAUCUUCUUGUGUGAAAAACAUACUGAACUCAAUAGUAUUUUGUUCUCCACCGUCUUAGAUUAAAUAUUACGAAAAUGAUCAGUAUAUAUUGAAGCGGACCGGCAUCUCAUGUUUUGUCUUGAUAUUUAAGUAAAUUAUUAUUAUAUUCAAAUAAAUUGCUUAUUUCUUUAUGUCAUUAUCAAUUAGGCAAUUUAUGAAUGUAGGUAUCCAUUUGUCUUUUUUUU